CACCCUUCUUCGAUCUUGUCUUUCAUUUUUUGACUAUUAUUAUUAUUUAUUAUUUUCAACAAUCUCGGUUUGUCGCCGAUAAUCCUGUUACUUACUUCUGCCGACCAUUAAAUUGAGCGCCCGACUGGUCCCUUUCUUCCCGGUCUCGAAGCCCUGCGACGUGUGUUGAGCCUGUUGCUUGUUCGAUCGGUCGCGACCCAUCUAGCCCAUGAUGGACGGUGGCCAGACCUCGACCAGCGCCGCCCCUGCCGGCAACUCCAGCGAUUUUGUACGGAAGCUCUACAAGAUGCUGGAGGACCCGUCAUAUGCGGAAAUUGUGCGAUGGGGUGACGAAGGGGACAGUUUCGUCGUCUUGGAGUGCGAGAAGUUUACGAAGACCAUCCUGCCAAAGCAUUUCAAACACAGCAAUUUCGCUAGUUUCGUGCGACAACUCAACAAAUACGACUUUCACAAAGUGAGGCAAAACAACGAAGAGAAUGGUCAAUCGCCAUACGGCCAAAAUGCAUGGGAAUUCAAGCACCCCGAAUUUAGAGCCAACAGCAAGGAGUCGCUCGACAAUAUCCGCCGGAAGGCUCCCGCUCCGCGCAAACAGACUCAGAACACCGAAGACUCGGUUCCCACCCAACAGAUCGAUCUGUUGAAUCAGCAAAUUGUGGCACAGCAACAGCAGAUCCAGCAUCUGUCGGACCGGUAUGCACAAUUGACGGUAGAUCAUCAAUUGAUGCUGCAGGAAGUUAUGCGAGUCCAGAAGACGGUUCUCAACCACGAAAGUGUCAUCCACCAGGUGAUGGCUUACCUACUCUCGGUCGACGCCCGGCAAAGGCGCGACAGCAAGGCGGCUGCGGCUUUUCAAGCCCAGGGUCAAGCCGGCUCGACCCUCAGCCCUUCCCAAGUGGCCACGAUGGAUGAUGAGCCUUCAUCUCCCUUGCAGCAGGCUACGAAACUUCUCAACGAUAUGAACGCUGAGAUUCAGUUCAAUCUCGUUGGACUCGAUGGCGUGGGUGAUCCGUCCAAGGCCGCAGGGGCGGUCGUAUCUGGUUCUGGCAUGGAUGGCGCCUCCCGAAAUGGCGUGGUGCGCGCGCCUCCGGGGCCCAACCCAGCGUUGGUGUACUCCAAGAUGAACGGCGAUGUUGAGCCUGUCGUUUACCCUGUUGGCGCGACCAAUGGCAUUGAUCCCAUGUACGGCGAACAUGUCAAGAAUGUUCCCUACCCAAUGCCGAAACAAGAGGUUGACGACUCUCGGAGGCAGCAGGUCCAGCAGGUCCAACAGGUGCAGCAAGUGCAGCAAGUCCAACAGGUGCAGCAAGUCCCUGAUAAUCGGAAGAAGAGCGCAAAUGUGGACCCUGGAUGGGCUCGCAGCCCCCGUAUCUUGCUGGUGGAGGACGACCAGACGUGUCGUCAGAUUGGCGGAAAAUUCCUAUACUCAUUCUCUUGCAUCAUCGAUACUGCGCUGGAUGGAUUGGAGGCCGUGACUAAAGCACAGGCCAACCCUGGAUAUGAUUUAAUUCUUAUGGAUAUCAUUAUGCCCAACUUGGAUGGUGUAUCCGCAACGCAUCUUAUCCGUCAAUUCGAUCGGACUCCUAUCAUCGCCAUGACCUCCAAUAUCCGAAGCGACGAUAUCCAGCUCUACUUCCAACAUGUAGGUAUGGAUGAUGUGCUUCCCAAACCUUUCACGCGAAAGAGUCUACUUGAUAUGCUCGAGAAGCACCUGUCCCAUCUGAAGGUCGCUUCGCAGAACAUGGAAGCCUCUCAGUCCGCUGUCCCGGGUACGAUGGCUGCACAGAAUUCUGCCGCACAUUCUAUCAAAGAGGAUAGCUCCCCGGGCCAGUCGCCGGCAACAUCCGUGAACAACUGGCAAUCCCCAGGCCAAUUCCAAGGCAUGACCGCUUUGCCCCAUAACAUGCAGCCAGUUCAGAGCCAAUAUGUCCCCACGACCCCCGGUCCCGCAGCAUAUGCUGUUGAUCAAAAUGGUGUCCAAUAUGCCACUCCCGCCGUGGCCCUCGCCCCAGCAGCACCUGCUGCUAGGCCACAGGUACGACGGCAGCUUUCAGAAAUGUCCAGCGCGGCUGAGAACCCGGGCAUGGCGAAGAGGCCGCGGAUGUACGCACAUCCAAGCCAGCCUAUUGUCAGUUCCAUGCAGGCCGCAAGGACUGCCUAG